AUGGAUAUCGAUGGGCAGACCCCCAGCAGCAGCAGCAGCAGCAGCAACAGCAGCAGCAGCAGCAGCAGCAGGGGAGGAUCUCUGCCUCCUUGCAUCUGUGUGCUGCAGGGGCCCUCGGGGUGCGGCAAGCGGUGGCUGGUGUUUGCUGCUGCUGCUGCUGUGGGCCUGAGAGUAUUAGAAUUUGAUGAAGCUGCUGCUGCUGCUGCUGCUGCUGCUGCUGCUGCACCAGCAGCAGCAGCAGCAGCAGCAGCAGCAGGGGAUCGUUAUAGAGGGGGGGAACCGCUUCCUUUGGGUGCUGCUCUUUUAGCUUUUCUAUCGGAAGCAAAUAAACGCAGAGUUCUACCCCUCAGCAGCAGCAGCAGCAGCAGCAGCAGCAGCAGCAGCAGCAGCAGCAGCAGGAGCAGCAGCAGCAGGAGUGGAGGAGCAGUGGUGCUGCUGCGUCAGCUGCCGGAGACUUUGCUGCUGCAUUCUCCUUCUUUUACGCAGCAGCUGCAGCAGCUGCUGCAGCACCGCCUUGAGCCCUAUCAACAGCAGCAGCAGCAGCAGCAGCAGCAGCAGCAGCAGCAGCAGCAGCAGCAGAUAAGAAGCACUCAACCCCUGGUGAUAUGCAUAGGAGACAGCUGGCAGCAGCAGCAGCUGCUGCUGCGCUUCUUCUCUCCUUUGCUGCUGGCGAGCUGCGGUGUUUCACGGCUGCUGCAGCGGGUGCAGCAGCAAACAGCAGCAGAUCUGCUGCAGCGUGGUUGUGCUGCUGCUGCUGCUCGUGUUGCAGCAGCAGACACAGCAGCAAUUGCUGCUGCAUGCAGAGGAGACCUUCGUCAGGCAUUGGGUAGCUUGCAGCUUGCUGCUGCUGCUCCUGCUGCAGCACCUGCAGCAGCAGCAGCAGCAGCAGCAGCUGCUGCUGCUGCUGCUGCUGGGCCUCAAACCCCUCCGCGACGUGGAGGGGGGAGACAGACGUCUGCUGCAGCAGCAGCAACAGCAGCAGCAGCAGCAGCAGCAGCAGCAGCAGCAAUGUGGUGUAAGGAUAUGCAGCUCGCCUCCUUUCAUGGCCUAGGAAAAUUUCUCUAUGGAAAGAGAAUCCCUUGCUGCAGCAAACAGCAGCAGCAGCAGCAGCAGCAACAGCAGCAGCAGCAGCAGCAGCAGCAACAGCAGCAGCAGCAGCAGCAGCAGCAGCAGACAUUGACAUCGCAGUCUUAUUACCCUCCCUGGCCAGCUACAGCAACAGCAGCAGGAGCAGCAGCAACAGAAGCAGAAACAGCAGCAGCAGCAGCAGCAGCAACAGCAGCAGCAGCAACAGCAGCAGCAGCAGAUGAUGCUGAACCAUCACGGGGUCUCCCGGCCUACAGCAGCAGCUGCUGCAGCACUGCAGCACCAAAUACAGCAGCAACUGCAGCAGCAGCAGCAGCAGCAGCAGCAGAUGAUAGUCUAUGGGACGAUGACCUUGAUGAUCUGCUGGCAGCAGUUGAGCAGCAGCAGCAGCAGCAGCAGCAGCAACCGCAGCAGCAGCAGCAGCAGCAGCAGCACCAGCAGAAGCAUGAGCAGCAGCUGCAGCAGCAAUUGGAUUGGUCGCAUGCUGUUGCUGCUGCAGCAGCAGCAGCAGCAGCAGCAGCAGCAACAGACCCUGAGCCGCCUAUGAUAAAACAACAACCCCACCAUUAUAUCCUACGCGGAAGUGAUUGGUUGUGGGCAGCAGAUAUUUCUGUUCGUUAUUUCUCUCCUUGCGGCUCUCCGCUGCUGCCUCCUCCUCCGCAUGCAGCAGCAGCAGCAGCAGCAGCAGCAGGGGAGCAGCAGCAGCAGCAGCAGCAGCAGCAGCAGCAGCAACCACACAGCCGCACCUUCCUGCUGCAGUGGGGGGGACGGAUGCAGCAGCAGCUGCAGCAGCAGCAGCAGCAGCAGCAGCAGCAGCAGCAGCAGCAGCAACGGGGUUCUUUGCAGCUAAAGAGACAAUGGAGGGAGACACAGGAGACAGAAGAACAAAACAGCAGCAGCAACAGCAGCAGCAGCAGCAGCAGCAGCAGCAGCUUUAUUCUCCCGCCUCAAAGAGUACCCUGCUGCUACUGCUGCUCGCAGCAGCAGCAGCAGCAGCAGCAGCAGCAGCAGCAGCAGCAGCAGCAGCAGCAGACCCAGCGCCUUAAUGCAGCAGCGAAAACAUCAGCAGCAGCAGCAGCAGCAGCAACAGGACAGCAGCAGCAGGAGACAGCUGAAGUUGAUGAUGAUAUAGAGGAGACCAGCAAAUUAACAAACAAUAACAUCAAUACGUUCAUACAAUUGCAGCAGCAGCAGCAGCAGCUGCUGCUGCUGCUGCUGCUGCAGCAGCAGCGGUUGCAGCAGCAGCUAGAGAAACAGCAGCGGGAGCUGCUGCAGCUACAGAAGCACAUGCAGCAACACAAGCUGCAGAAGCAGCAGCAGCAGCAGCAGCAGCAACAUGAGCUGCAGCAGCUGCUGCUGCACCAGCAGCAGCAGCAGCAGCAGCAGCAGCAGCUGCAGCUGCAGCAGCAGCAGCUGCAGCAGCAGCAGCAGCAAGAGCUGCUGCAAACGAAGAGACAGACACCGAGUCUGUUUAUCAUUUGA